AUUACAUCCCGCCGCGUGGGAUAUCGCGGGGCAACGUUUGGUUCGCGCGGUGAUCGUCGCCGGGCUGUAGAAUAUCCGCGUGACGAAUUGGGGUUUUCGGCUGCACUGCGAAGCGUCACUGGCCGCGUGUUAUGGUUACCGCGGAAAUGGCAAGCACAGGAAUCAUCCAUCCACCAGUGACUUGGGCGCAAAGAAACAAUCUUAUCUUCCUUACGAUAAAUGUGGAAGAUGUCAAGGACGCAGAUAUCAAGGUGGAAGAAAGCCGUUUGCACUUCAAGGGAACAGGGGGUUCUGACAAGAAGACCUAUGAAGCGGACAUGGAGUUUUAUGGAUCAAUAGACUCUGAAACCUCUAAGCAGCAGAUCUCGGACCGAAACAUCCAGCUGGUGCUGAUGAAGAAGGAGGAGGGGCCGUACUGGCCGCGUCUGCUCAAGGCGACUUCCAAGAUGCAUUGGCUCAAGGUUGACUUCGGCAAAUGGAAGGACGAGGACGACAGUGAGGACGAGGAUGGCGCCGGGAGCGAGAUGAACCUGGAAGCGAUGAUGAAGCAGAUGGGAGGGCUGGGCGGAGCCGGCGCCGGCGGUGACGGCGCCAAGCCCAGCAUGGACGAUCUCAGCGACUCGGACUCGGACACGGGGGAGCUGCCGGACCUCGAGGAAUGACCGGGACCCGGCUAGUGUCUGUCCUGCGUGGAUGUCGGUACGAGCGGCGGCGGACCACCGGUGGCGGCUAGACCAAGCCAGCCACACAUAUUUUGCUUUUGUCAUUAAUCUCCUGGACCCUCGACGGCGUUUCGUCAAAGUUGAUCUCGCGCUUAUGUAAUGAAGACGUCUCAUUCAGCUUGCGUUCAUAUUGUUUGUUCGGGACGAAUGACUUUGUAAUGUAAGACUAUUCUGUCGUCUGUUGUUCUGUGGCUAUCGCUAUUGCCGGUGUCUUUUGCUAAUCAGGCGCAAGGAAGUAGAGCAAGAGAGCCAACGAUCUCUGGCCCGUCUAUUAACCAUCGCUUCAUGGGCGGUGUCAACGAACUAAAUUGUCAGUUGAGAUUCAUGCCGCGAGAUGGCACCUGAACUAGUCACGUGCGGUGGCUUAAUACAGUGCCGAGUUGAUUACUAAGGCAGGCAGGCUUUUCACGAAUGCGAUGUCAUCGCUUUACGUGAGAGGCUACGUCAUUGUUCUCCGGAACUACAGCGUGGUGGGCGGGACUUCUCUGACAACUUCCGUCCUCCUGGGAUCACCAUCACGUUCGUCACGGCAUGUUACCCUUGCCCGUGCCCCCGCAGGUGCCACCGCGGCGCCGCCGCCGCCGCCGCGGCUGCCCUCCCGACGUCGGCGGCGCGCGAUAACUGCCGGCGGCCGGCCGGCCGGCCGUGAUGGCGUCCGCGGCUGGCUGCCGGCGCGUCCGUUGUGAUAGGUGUCCCCAGUUCGCUUGUGUUGGCGGCUGUGUUGGCAGUGCCGCGUGGCCCAGGAGGAUGCACUGUGCCGUGCUCGGGUAACUCAUACACGGUCCAACUGUACUUGCGCCCACAAGCAGUCUUUUUUAUUUGAAUAAAAUGUGUAUGCCUUCGCC